AGAAACACCACCACCACCAGAGACAGUGAGUGCUUGCUUUGCUUCUUGCUGCAAGGGCGCUGUUGUGUCACAAGGUGCUGCUUUGUCUCAUCCAGGUCCAUCUCGUGCCAUCAACACGACAGCAUCAAGGCAACAGCGACACGACAGCAACCCCCGUCGACUCUUCAACUGUUCCACUCCACUGCUCGCCGCUAAACGCCAGAGGCAACACUGCACGACUGAAACAACACUUCCUGUCCUCCAAACCCAAACAAACACCAUGGACACAACCACGGCACCGGCGUCUCUGCCACCGCCAUCCUCGGCGAUCCACGUCGACGAGUAUGGAGACUUGUACGUGAAAAGUAAACGCGGCUCGAAAUGCAAGCUACGCUCCAUGUCUCCGCGACAGCGUGCUGCGCUGUUGAAGCAGCACCUUCCACCAGCACGAACCCUGAGCUUGAGCAGCGCCAAAACAAGUGGACGAGAUGUCGUCAUCAGCGUGCGACGUUUUGAGUACGGACCGGGUGCAGGCUCGUACAUCAAUUGCAUCAAGCUCGUCAACAUUGACAAGGAGGGCUGGCAUCAGGACCACACGCGCGUCGAGCAGGAGCUCCAUCACGCAAAACGAAAGGCGUCCCAGUCCCCUGCCACGUCAUCCCUCAUCACAACGAAAGCUGCCAAAAAGGCAACCAAGGAGCUAGGCGGUGGCCAGGCUGCGCUCCACGGUGUGCUGACUGCGUUUCUGGCAGCUGAUGUGUCUCUCGACGCCGUAUGGGACAACGGUGCCGAAAUUGCGCAGGACACAACCAGGACCCUUGUGCAAAGCAUCUUGGAGGCGCAGGAGGCAGGCCGUGGCGCUGCCGUGUUUGCAGCCCUUGAAGUAGUCACCGUCUUCAACAGAGACGACUGCCACGCAAUCAUUGAGGUGGACACGACGAUAUCGGCGUCACUGGCGGGGAUGAUCAAGCUGCCCAUCACCAUACAUGCCAUUGUACCCCGCAAGGGUGCGAGCAGCCGAGUGCCUCGGCUGCCUGGCAAGAGGGCUAGAGCCACUGCCCGCCGUCGUGGCGUUGGAAUCAGCACCGAGGACGACCUGACACAUGUCAAUGCAGCUGUCCUGUUUGCAGACGCACAGGCAGCGCGUCGCACGUCGUUCACGAGUUUCCAUGACGCUGACGGUCGCUUCUCCGUGGGCAAAGCGCUGUCCGCAGGUGCUGGUGCUGGGAGAAAGAAGGUUACAACGCAGCGAAAACGGCAGGGCAAGAUCGCCGAGCGCAAGCAGAAGAGGGCCGGCUCUGCUCGGAAAGAGCAAGGGCAACAGCAAGCGACGAAAAGGGCAAAGACAUUUGCGCUUAGUGACGGGGCACGUCGCAGCCUCGGCGUCCUUGGCACUGCCAUUGGCAGCGAGCUUGUGCAGGCGAUUGACGCCGCCACGUCGAAGAAGACAAAAGAUGAGCUGAAGGAGGACCACGCCAUGCGGCUGGGGGCCUGGGACAAGGCGCAGCAGCUUGUGCUUCGUGCAACAGAGGCGUUUGGUAACGGUACCGCCGUUGAGAACAUGUCCAAGGAUGGGCUGUCACCCAUGGGUGUGCUCAUGGCUGCCGGCGUGGCAUGCGCAGGUGAAGUUGUGCGAUGGCACUUGGAUGACUGGCAGAAGAAGGACAAGGAGCAGGGCGAGAACAAAGGCAAGAAGAAGGGGCAGCAAAGGAAGGGGGAGAGCGAGAAGGCGGAUGAACAGCAGCAAGGGCAUGGAACGGAGCACAAAGGUCAGAAACAGCAACGCUGGCAGUUGGAUGAGACAGAGCCAAACACCGGGUUACGACGUCGACGUACUCGCGUGCGCCACCAACCAGAACCGCAAGACAGCAAGGACACCCCACUGAAGCAACUCAGAGGCUCGUCACGUACUGCAUCGAACUCACGCAGCAGCGUGCGCACUACAGAAAGGCGCACACACGAUGGAGCCACCGAAAGCGCUGGGAGCCAUGCGAAGGGUGCCAAGCGAAGCCGAGUAAAGACCGUCGAUGACGACAAGGAGGAGGCAAGUGGGCACAGCAUGCAGGGUGCUACUGACAGCUUGAAGCGUGCUGAUCACCAGGAUGAUGAUGAUGAUGAUGAUGACGAUGAUGAUGAUGAUGAUGAUGAUGGUGAUGAUGAUGGUGAUGAUGAUGAUGAUGAUGAUGAUGAUGAUGAUGAUGAUGAUGAUGAUGAUGAUGAUGAUGAUGAUGGUGGUGGUGGUGGUGGUGGUGGUGGUGGUGGUGGUGGUGGUGGUGGUGGUGGUGGUGGUGGUGGUGGUGGUGUGGUUGAUGGUCAGGAUGGUCCAGACUCGGGUACUGGCGACGUUGGGUCGGACAGCGGGGAAAAGGAGGGGCAGGGUAGCCCAACAACAGCCACGCGGUACCGGAUCGCAAAGAGUUGCAGCAGCAUCGUGAAUACAACAGCAGCGGCUGCCGCGACAGUUUGCGGAGCGGUCCACACUCACACGGCUGCCAGCGCAGCCAUCCUGGCUGCAGUAGCUGUUCGUGAGCUCACGGUCAAAGGCCCAAACGACAAACGCACAAGGGUGCAGCGUGUGGCCGAUACGGGCCUCAAAGCCGCGCAUACAGGCAGCAUCACCAUUCCACGCGUGUUGGGUGCUGCGCUUGAAGCAUCCGGCUUCGCGCGUGCAGCGGCGGCAGUGGCAAACGUGCCUGGGCUUGGUGUGGCGUGUGCUGCAAACGCGCUCAUCGAGUGCAACAACACGCUGCGCGCGUACAAGGAUGAGGCCGACACGAGCGUGCGCACCAAGGAGCAGGUGGCCUUGGGUGCGAGCAAGGCUAUCGCCACGUCUGGCACAACCUUCAUGGCACAUGUCGGCACAAAUGCAGCGAUGCAGGCCAGCAUGGCCAUGACAACAGGGGCGGCUGCAGCCAUGAGCGUUGCUGGCGCCGUUGUACCAUUUGUGCUGACGCCAAUCGCCGCCUACUGCGCAGGGCGGAUUGUGCGCUGGGCGUGGGGCUCGGUGUUUGGCGAUCCGAGCAAGCGCGCCGACCAAAAGGAGUUGAAGGCGCUGAGCGCCAAAUAUCAGCUCACUGGCCACGCUGAUGCCGAGGCGUUCCGGCGCCAGUACAAAGCCCACGCACUGAAGGAGCACCCAGACAAGGGUGGGUCAGAUCAGGCGUUCCAGACGUUGAGUGCUGACUUUGAGCGCAUCCACGAACUGCGAGAGCGGCUUGGUAUCCACAAGAACGCGCGACAGACGUGGCGGGAGUUUGUCCACUCACACCUGCAGUUCUCAAAGGCAUCCAUGCUGUCCUGUUUUGGAUAUCGUCAUGGCAGUGGUGCUGAGGAGCAAGCAGCAAAGGCUCAGGAAGGAGGGGCCAACGCCGAACCCACCGCGCUGACUGUUGGCUGAAGCGUUUUCAAUGUGGUCGUGUGUUGAAUGCGGGUGAUUGAGAAGCUCCAAAACCACUGCUGUUCUUUUCUCUUUUUGUUCUGCUGAUGUUGUUGGCAACCGUGUUUCUGAACGCUCUUCACCCUUGCACCACCAACACCCAAUUUUCGUCGCACCAGUUCACACGAUCCUACGCUGUUGUUCUCCUCACUCAUGUUUGGUAUGCUGUUGUGUUACAUAACUGCUCGUCGAAGACCAUAUGACAUUCCUCUGUUGAGAUGUUUCGUUCCUUCCCGUGUUGUGUCCACUCGAAAGUGCAAAAGUGGCACUGCGUUGCUGGAGCGCUUGCUCGUAUCCAUUGAUGCGAAGAAUGAAGCACCCGG